CGUGGAUGCGGCGUUUUGUCGCUGCCGGUGGUGUCUGGAGAGGUUCGGGCUCGGGUCCUGGCUCCCAGAAGCAAGAUAACUCAAGUGAAGCAAUGAAGGAAGAAGAAGGAGGUUGCUGGCCUUGGAUAUCAUAAUUUCUGGGGACAACUUUAAGUGGACACUAAUAUUUCUGACUAGGAAAACUUCAAAAACUUCAUGGCAAAUGCAGAAGAGACAAAGACGUAUAGUCCAUGUUAUCCACUAUUUUCUGAGCACAGAAGAAAAUGAUCAAGACCCAGGAAUCACUGUCCCUGGAGGAUGUGGCUGUGGAAUUCAGCUGGGAGGAGUGGCAGCUCCUGGACACUGCUCAGAAGAACCUGUACCGGGAUGUGAUGGUGGAGAACUAUAACCACCUAGUAUCACUGGGGUAUCAAACUAGCAAACCAGAUGUACUCUCCAAGUUGGCCCAUGGACAAGAACCAUGGAUAACAGAUGCUAAAAUCCAGAAUAAAAAUUGUCCAGGAAUCAGGAAAGUUGACAGUCAUCUGCAAGAGCACUCUCCAAACCAAAGACUUCUGAAGAGUGUGCAGCAAUGCAAUGGACAGAAUACACUUAGAAAUAUUGUACAUCUCAGCAAGACACAUUUUCCUAUGGUGCAAAAUCAUGAUACAUUUGACUUGUACAGAAAAAAUUUGAAAUCAAGUUUAAUCAACCAGAAGAGAAGACAUGGAAUAAAUAACCCUGUUGAGUUUAUUGGAGGUGAGAAAACGCUUCUACAUGGUAAGCAUGAAUGCACGCAUACUAAAACUAGAUUUUCUGAAAAUGCAAAAUGCAUCCAUACUAAAUUCCAAGUCUUCAAGCAUCAGAGGACUCAGAAAAUUGAGAAACCCCAUGCAUGCAUUGAAUGUGAGCAAACCUUCCUUAGGAAGUCUCAGCUCAUUUACCAGGAGAACAUUUGUAUACAAGAGAAUCCUGGAAGUGGUCAAUGUGAGAAAUUAUCCAGAAGUGUCCUGUUCACUAAGCAUCUGAAAACUAAUAUAAGAGACAAAAUCUGUAUACCCAAUGAAUACAGAAAAGGCUCUACUGUGAAGAGUAGGCUCAUUACACAUCAACAAACCCAUACAGAAGAGAAAUCCUAUAUGUGCAGUGAGUGUGGAAAGGGCUUUACAAUGAAGCGCUAUCUAAUUGCUCAUCAGCGAACUCAUAGUGGAGAGAAACCUUAUGUGUGCGAUGAAUGUGGAAAAGGUUUCACUGUGAAGAGCAAUCUCAUUGUACAUCAGCGAACUCAUACAGGGGAGAAACCCUAUAUAUGCAGUGAAUGUGGAAAAGGCUUCACCAUGAAGCGCUAUCUUGUUGUACAUCAGCGAACUCACACUGGAGAGAAACCCUAUAUGUGCAGUGAAUGUGGAAAAGGCUUUACCGUGAAGAGCAAUCUCAUUGUACAUCAGCGCUCCCAUACAGGAGAAAAAUCUUACGUAUGCAGUGAAUGUGGAAAAGGCUUCACUGUCAAACGCACUCUCAUUAUACAUCAGCGAACUCAUACAGGAGAGAAAUCUUACAUAUGCAAUGAAUGUGGUAAAGGCUUCACCACAAAGCGCACUCUUAUUAUACAUCAGCGAACUCAUACAGGAGAAAAACCCUAUGAAUGCAAUGAAUGUGGUAAAGCCUUCAGCCAGAAAAUAUGCCUCAUACAACAUGAGAGAUGUCAUACAGGAAAGACUCCCUUUGUAUGUACCGAGUGCGGAAAAUCCUAUUCACACAAAUAUGGCCUCAUUACCCAUCAGAGAAUUCACACAGGAGAGAAACCUUAUGAGUGCAAUGAAUGUGGAAAAGCCUUCACCACAAAGUCAGUACUCAAUGUACAUCAAAGAACGCAUACAGGAGAGAGGCCGUAUGGAUGCAGUGAUUGUGAGAAAGCCUUCUCCCACUUAUCAAACCUUGUCAAACAUAAGAAAAUGCACACAAGAGAAAUGGGUAGAAUCAGUCAAGUUGAAAACUCCUGUAAUGGAGAGUCACAGCUCCUUCCUUAUAAGUGAACUCAUGCAGGAGAAAACCCUACUAGUACAGUGACUAUGGAAAUGGCUUUUGUGGCAACCCAGACUUCAUUAAUCAGUGUGUUUCUGGCCACUUGGAACAUAAACAUGGUGCUGCCUGUUGACAGAUGUGUGUCUGUCCUCAGGAGGUGAAAUAAUUUGCCCUAGAGAUCAACUUGAUGAAUACAGUAAAUAAGGUAGUGCCUUUAGUGGUCUUUUACCUCAUAUUUUCUGUCAAUGAAAACACGUUGAAUAAACUAUAUUAAUGUGGAGAUGUUUUGAGCAAUAAUUUCUGCUCGUAUGUCUGAAAAGUAUACAGAGAUAAAUUCUGUGAAUACAAAGACUAGGAAAAGUCUUCUGUGGAAAGAUAGACUUUAUAAUCAGGUUUCCUCAUAGAUUUCAACGUAAGUGAGCUUAUUGUUGAUAGGAACAUGAUGACCAUGACAAAGUCUUUACCCAGAAAUAGGACCUCAGUGAGUGUCAAAGUUUACACUGGAGAAUAACUUUAAGGUGACAGUAUUAACGGCAGGAUUUCAGUGAUGCACUCUGCUUCAUCAUUUGUCAGGAGAUCACAUAGAAAGUAAAAUUGUUCCAAACAUACUAUCAAAUAAAUGUGGGACACCUUUAGCAAACUAUCAAGAGCUCAUGAAGGCAUGAAAUGUGGUGAAAAUGAUGAAUAUCUGAGUGCUUUUUCUCAAUAAGUAUAACCUUAAACAUCAGCUAAUACACCUGGUGUGCAUUUUCAGACGGGAUACCUUAAUCCUCAUUUCUACUUGCCUUGCCAAUGACUCCAUAAUAUACUGUCUCAUUACUGUUUAUUUUUACUGUUUUGUAAAAUUGUGGUAUAAUAAGAAAUACAUUUGGUCUUUGUUCCUGGUUCCUGGCACAGAGCUCCUAAAACCCUUAGAAUUUCAUGAGUGAUAGGAGUGUUUUUUUUCUUUUGUUUUGUUUUGUUUUGUUUUUGCUGUUGUUAUUCAUAGCACUGCCCUUUUAAUUACACCUGAUUAUACUACUGAGGUGACUUAUGGUUGGUCCCCUAGACAGCCUCAGAAUGGGGCUGUUCCCUAGGAAGAUCAAGUAACUAGAGGAUGGAAACUUUGUGCCCCAUUUCUCCCACCUCCUGGAAAGGGAGGGGUACUGGAGAUUAGAUUAGACAGUGAGAUUAAGGGAACUCCAAAUAGCCCAGAAGCGUGGUGCACCCCCAACUUCAUAGGGAUGGAGGCUCCUGAGAUUAGGAGAACCCUUUUUAGGCUCUACUCUAUGUACCUCUUCAUUUGAGUGUUCAUUUGUAUCCUUUAUAACCAGUAAAACAAAGUACGCUGUUUUCUUGAGUUUUGUGAACCCUGUAGCAAAUUACCAAACCUGAGUAGGGGUAGUGGGAACCCGGAAUUUAUCACCAUUCAGAACUGCAGGUUGUCCUUGUGACUGGCAUCUGAUGUGGGGGAAGUCUUGCACUGAGCCCCUUAACUUGUGGAGUCUGCACUAACUUGGAGAAGUUAAUGUCAGAAUUGAAUUGUAGAACACCCAGUUGGUGUGGGAGAAUUAGAGAAUUUAUUGGUGUCAGAAAAUACUCCAGAACAACCACCCCAUAUUAUGAUUAGCUCUUUUCCUUUCUUUGGCUCUAAGCUUAAUUGUACGUUAAGCAAACUUAAGUAGUUUAAAAAGAAACUGAAUAUGUUAAAUAUAUUAACAUAACAACAUAUUUGGACUUGCUUAACUAAGAUUAUAGAGAUGAUCAGUUUAUAAAACCACCUUCAACUUAAAUAAAUUUGAACUCAAAAGAAAUUGCAAAACUAGUCUAGAGGCUUUGCUUGUGUCCUUCAACCAAUUUCUAGUAAUGGUUACAUUAUUAAUUAAUGUAAUAUCCUACAUAACCAUAAUUAUCAAAACCAUAAAAACAACAUUGGUAGGAUACUAUAAAGUAAACUAAUCUUAUUUGGGAUUUGACUAAUUUUUAUGUUUUUUUCUUUUCUAGUUUGUACUCUAAGAAGUUGUAUUACAUGUAUAGAUUUGUGUGACCACUGCAACCACAUAAAGCUAAUGAACACAAAGUCCCUCAUGCUACCUUUUAUGCUUACACUCCAUCCAAACCUAACUCUGCCAACCACUUUUCUCCUGUCAGUACAAUUUCAUAAUUUCAUGAAUGUGAUAAAAAUAAAAUUGUUUUUGUAAAUGGUUUUUAUAAAUUUUAUAUAAAUAAGUUAUGUGAAUUUUCAUUGAUAGAGAGUAUGUAAGCUUUUGGCAUGUUUGCCACUCAGCAAAUUACUCCUAAGGUUUAUAUGAGUUGAUGAAUCGUUGUUUUAUUAUUAUUUUUUUACCACCAUGUAUCUCACCAGAUGAAAGUUGUUUAUAUUAGAGAGUAGUAUACAUAUUUGAUGUACUAGUUUGUUUAUCCAUUCACCUAUGAGAUAUAUUUGCACUGUUUUCCUGGUUUUAAGUGCUAUAAGUACAGAUGCUGUGAAAUCUACAUA